CGCAGAAGCAAGGGGAUAUCCCCGUGCGGAAAGGCCGACCGGCCGACAGGCUUAGGAUACAAAUCACUCGCGGUUCCCAGCCCCGGGGAUCGACAGCUCCUCUCUCCUUCUUGUUCCGCGCUCCACGUUCGAUCAAUUGUGUCUGUCAAUUCGGUUGAGACUUCAAAUCGCAAACACCAGAGGACUCCGUCACAAUGCGCCAAACUGUUGCCAUCUCCACCCUUGCCAUGGGCCAAGUCGUGCUGGCUGGUCUCUACCCCGGUAUCACGCUCUACAACCACACUUGCGCUCUGGCUGACCCUAUCCUUUCUUGCUCUCCUGGCGCAAACCCGGACAAGGUUGAUACCUGCUGUGUUGAGACCUUUGGCGGCCUUGUUCUGCAAACACAGUUCUGGAGCACAUUUACUGGUCGCGAAAGCGAAGGCCAGCUCCUCCCCAGAGCCUCCUGGGGAAUCCACGGUCUUUGGCCUGACUUUUGCAAUGGAUCCUACACCCAAUACUGCGACUUGAGCCGCCAGUACGACCCUAAGCCGUCUCCCAACACCACCAAUGGCAAGCCUGAUGGUACGCCUGUGCCCGCUUAUACCGGAGAAUCCAUUGCCAACUGGUUUGCUCCUUACGGCAAGGAGGACCUUCUUGCAUACAUGGAGAAGUUCUGGAUCAACCAGUACGACCCUAACUGGAUGCUCUGGGCUCACGAGUACUCGAAGCAUGCCACUUGCUUCUCUACCUUCCAGACCGAAUGCUACGGUCCUAAGGCUCCCAAGUACGCUGACCUCUUCGAGUUCUUCGAGACUGUCAUUUACUACUUCCGUCAAGUACCUACUUGGAGCUGGCUCGCCAAUGCUGGCAUCCGCCCAUCCAACACUACCUCCUACACCCUCUCUGAUAUCCAGGGUGUUUUGACAAAGGAGUUUGGCCAGCUUCCUUUCCUUGGUUGCUCUGGCCCUCGUUUCAAUGAGACUGCUGCUGGCAAGGGCUCCCUUGAUAACGGACGCACCCAGCUUAGCGAGGUCUGGUACUACCACACUGUCUACGGCGCUCCCCAGCGCAUCGAUGCCAAGAGACUGCCUGCUACCGCUGCUGGAAACUUCUUGACCACUUGCGCCAAGGCUGACAAGGCUGUUUGGUACUAUGAGCGUGCCAAGGGUAGCCAGCGCGGCUGUUCUUCCAAGUAAGGUCCUCUGGCGCCAGUAGAUGUUGGGAUAUAAUCUACUAGUAAUGAGUCAUGUUAUCUAAAUGUUAAAAAGAAACAACACAUAUUCUUACAAAACAUAAUAAAUUUGUCCCGUAAAUAGGUUACAGUCUAUGCUACACCCGUUCCACCCAUGAUCAUCCCGUUUACUCCUCCACACUGUUCCAUUAACCGUGCUGACAUUUGUGCUUUUGAAAUAAAAUUCGACCUUGUUGCUAGAAUAGCUUAUUCAUCAUCUCCGAGCUCCCCGACCGCAGGAGCGUGAUAUGAGCGCUGCUGGAGGCCGGUGUUUACUUGCGUGUCGGUUCCUGUUGUGGUAGCAGUUGUAGGUCCUACUUGACCAGCUGCGGCAGCGACGGUGGCGUUGGUAGCAUUGGCAGCGGACUUCUUCUUCUUCUUAGGCUUGGUAGUCUAGAAACAGUUAGCAGACGGUAAUUAAUAGCUUCUAUUGUGGCAUCUAAACUUACCUCGUGCCAUGCCCAGACCGGUCGGAAACUGUCCAUGAAGGAGACGUCUUCCCAGAGGUUGGGGUAAAGCCACAGACCAGGGGGGACGGCAAAGUAGGUGAUGCAGAACAGGAUAACACGGAAGAUGGCCAUGGCAAAGAAGAGACCAAGGAGACCCAGGAGACCCCAACUGAGGUAGUAGACACCCUGUCGCAGCUUCAAUGGCCAGAGAGGGUACAAGACGAUGGCGAAAAUGAUAACCAGGGCGAGGGCAGCGUAGAGCUGGCGCUUAAUCUGGCUGCCUUCCCAGAGCCAGAUGUAGUACAUGUCGUCGGCGGCGUCCUGCUGUUGCUCGAUUCGGACGUUCCAUUGACCCUUGACACGCUUGGCCUUUUUUCCGUUCUCGCCGACAGCGGGCUCAAUCUUGUUGACGCGGAGCGCCAACAUGCUGAGGGGCAGGAGCUUGAAUGUGUUCUCGAGAGACGCACGGUCGGUGACUUCGGGCAGCAGAGGGUUCUUCUUGCGCGCCUUCUCGUACGCAGGGGUCUGGAGAGCGCGGAGAGCACGCUUGACUAUUGAGUUGUUAGCAUAUCUGGAGAUGACCGCAUAGCCGCAAGCUUGGGAUAUAGUACCUCGGAACAUGUCCUUUCGUUCACCAUUGAGAAUAACGGUUCUGGGCUUCAGAUCCUGGCUCUUCAGGAACUUUGCGAGCGCGAUGGCCUUGGGGUUAGGAGGGCCCGGGGUGAUCGGUUGGGGCUGACCCUGCUGCUGAUGGGGGUGAGAAUGUGUGUGACCAUCAUGAUCGUGGUCGUGUCCAUGGUCAUGGCCAUGGUCUCCUCCCUCGUGGCUGUGUUCAUGUCCUUGCUGAGCGGCCGCUUGUUGAGCAGCUUGUUGCUGGGCGGCGUGCUGCUGCAUUGCGCGCAUACGUUGCUCCUUGAUGUGUUCGAUAAAUUCAGGCACCGUCAUGCCGGCUCGCUGAGCAUCCUCGGCGAUGCGGCGUUGCAGCUCUGCAAUCUGUUCUGGUGUCGGCUGCUGCCCAGGCAUGGGCAUCCCACCAGGGAAGGGUGGAGGUUGUGCGGCCAUUGUAAGAUAACCGGCUCGAGAUAGGCAAAGUAAAGAAUGGCUUUUGAGAAAAGAAAUGUAGUGGCGUUGAAGAGCCAAGUGCUAGCACCUUUAAAAUGCCGGCGUGGUGCGCGUGAUGCAAAGUGUAGAUGAUGUUGUAGAGAAGGUUGUGCCACGGGAUGGAUCUAGGGCCAAAGGUUACCGCUGCUUACCCUCUC